UCUGAACACCUAAAACAUUUGGCGGGUGUUUUGUGCUCAAGGUCUUGGUGACGUUAUUUUCUCAUGGAGAAAACCUUGCUUUCUCCAUUUAGUCCUAACCUUCCUCAUUCUGCUAAAGAACGAUGGGUUUGCAUAUAUCCAGCUUAUCUGAACAAUCGUCGAACUAGAGCUCAAGGAAGGAAACUGUCAGUAGAGCAGUGUGUUGACAACCCAAAACAUUCAGAAGUAACUAUGGUUCUGUCGAAAUUGUCUAUCGACCACAUCUUGGAAUCUAAAGUUCACCCGAGAGAAAAAGAUGCGUUUGAACCUAUGAACAAGUGGCGUGUUCGCGUUCAUCUGAAAAACGACGACGGGACUCCUGUUAAUGAACAGUUCCCUAAUCGUCAAGCUCUUCUUCUGUAUUUGGGGAAGGUCAUUCCUGUUGUGAGAUCAAGAAGACCACCUACAUCUGGUUCAACUACUGAUCAAAAUUCCCAAGGGAAAAAGAACAAACGGAAAAGAAAAUGAAAUACAAUGUUUUCGGGUUGUAUAUAUCAUCUUUUCAUCACUUUGGGUGCAAGUUUGGAGCUUCCUUUGGUUGUCGGACGAAAUGUUUGUGUGCACGUCACUGAACUUAUGUAGCUUGAACUAUUUCCAGUCCUCAUUGGCACAUUGAAGUAACAUUUGAAGCUCCUUUGCUCUGUUACACUUCUGGCUGUCACUAAUCUUUGUAAUAUUUUUGAUGUUGGUUUCCAUGAUUUUGUUCUGUACUGGUAAUUCUCCUGAUCUAACUCAGUCUAGCUAUUCCUCAGACUUCAUAGAUUGGUGUGUUACUUGUGAUAACAGCAAAUUGUGGUUUCCUUAUAUAGCAGUUUUUUUUAGAGAUAUCAACAUUGUAGCAUUGCUUAUCCUGAAAUAUGAUGGGUGUAUCACCUACCAUGGCAGAUAAAUAUCCAAGACUACUUUAGGGUUUCUUUAUUUAAGAAAGAAAAUAAAGAUAGUGUGGGAAUA